CACAACUACGGCAUCCGAUAUCAUUAAUUCUAACUCAACAACAAGCGAUAUAUUCUUGCGACUCCUGCAACUCAAGAGGGAUCGGACGUGUGCAAGUCGCACCGCGUUGACGCGUGUGACGCGUAACAACCUCGGCAAAGGCGACGAUUAGCUCACCAAACCUCUCAACCUCGACAACGCGACAAUGGCCCCCACAGAGACGGCGCCUCUACUCCGCCAAGAAUCCACAACAUCGUAUGCCCCAGACGAAGAACACGAUGACGUCACGGCGACGCGAAACACAUUUGCUCGCAAUCUUGGUGCACUGGAUGGGUUCGCGCUGCUGAUAAGCAUCGUCAUCGGCUCGGGAGUGUUCUCAUCGCCUGGGCCCAUCGAUGCGAACGUCCCAUCACCUGGCGCUGGGCUUCUUGUAUGGCUUGUUGGGGGAAUUCUAGCAUGGACAGGUGCUCUGACCAUGGCGGAGCUUGGCACCGCCUUCCCUGGAGAAGGUGGAAUUCAGCCGUAUCUCACAUAUAUAUAUGGCGACGUCUUCGGAUACAUGGCUGCUUGGUCUUGGGUCGUGGCAACCAUGCCUGCUACCCUUGCGAUCCUCAGUAUUGUAUUUGUAGAGUCCAUCUACUCCAGCUUGGGUGUGAACGAGCCAGAUCCGCCUAUCACACAUAAAUUGUUGUCUCUGCUCGUCCUACUGUGUGUAACGACGUUGAACUCCAUAAGCACCAAGACAAGUACCCGGUUGUCUAGCUUCUUCGUUGCCAUAAAGCUGUUUACCAUUUCCCUCCUCAUUGUAUCUGGCUUAGUGGUCGUAUUCGUCUUUCUUGGGAAGAGCAAGGACCUUGGAGGCCGCGAUUGGCACCAAAACAAUUGGUUCGCUCCAAGAGACACGGUACUACCCGACGGAUCAAAGUUCGACUGGACGAAAGUGACUACGUGGGAGUCACUCGGCUUUUACAGUACAGCGUUGUAUGGAGCCUUGUGGGCGUACUCUGGUUGGGACAAGGCCAACUAUGUAGCAGCUGAGCUGCGUCAGCCCAGUCGCCAACUGCCGCUCUCCAUCAACACCGCUAUCCCUACAAUCAUAGUAUGCUAUGUUGCGGCUAACGCCGUCUACUACGUUCUUCUCCCUUGGGAGGUUGUAUCAACAACAGACGCUGCUGCUGUAACGGCUGUUACCCACUUUCUUGGAAAGGGCGUAGCUUACUUCGCUACCGUGCUCAUAUGUCUUGUUAUUGCAGGCUCUGCCCUCGGCAACUCCUUCGUAGCAGGACGUAUGACUGUCGCAGCGGCCAACAACAACUGGUUUCCGCAAGUUCUCGGCACUGUCGGUCGUGUCGGUACCCUGAAGGUGACUAAACAUGCCGAUUCGAGCGAGGCAGCAGCCACGGCUAUGGACGAUGGAGAGUCGCCAAUCAACGCUCUCAUACUCAACACUAUUCUCUCGGCGGUAUACAUUCUUCUCGGAAACAUGCGCAUUUUACUGACUCUCAAUGGCCUUGCUGAGUAUGCUUUCUUCUUCCUCACGGUGCUCGGCGCAAUUAUAUUACGAUUUCGAGAGCCCGAUCUACCUCGACCUGUGAAACCGUUCAUUCUCAUCCCCAUACUAUUUGCCAUGAUCAGUGGUUUCGUUGUAAUCAGAGGCGCAGUAUUCGCACCCAUUCAAGCAGCGAUCCUUGUAGGAAUUUGGCUUUGCGGUCUUGUAUUUUACUUCAUCCGGCUGUGGGUACUAAAGAAGAGGGCUGGAAGAUGAGGUGAAAGGAGUCUAUCGGAUAUGUACAUACUCCUGCAUGCAUACUCAUUAUAGCACUUCAUGACGAGCAAAUUCCAUCGCGUCUCGCACAUACCGCGUGUGCCUUUAUUGCACUAAUGGCAACAGGGGUACAGAAUUCGUGUGGCUUUUCUAAGUUGCUACAUGCACACUAUCAUAUUUUAGCAAGUGGGUAGCAUGCAAUACAAUGUAUACUUCUACUU